UAAUCACGAGUCUGCAGCGUCUCAAAUUAUUUAAAGGACGCAGGGGCUCUUGUCACAACCUGGCACAAUGAAAGGUAUCAAAAUGCUUCCACUAUGGGAUUUGAGUACAUAGGAGAGAAGAGACACUCAAAAGCAUUUUGUACCGCCUGCCCCAUCCCCCAUGUUGUUGCUCAGAAACAAGCAACCCACCAAACAGAACCAUCCAUCGAUCUGUUCACAAAAUCGAUCAUCUGCCAAGCUACUACCACCAAGCUAGUCAGGAAACUCCUUCAUCGCUUCACCUCCAACCGAACAUCAGCACCACCAUGGCGGCAACAGCAACCGCAUCAUCCUUCAGCAAAAGAGCUCCUUCCUUCAGCAAAAGAGGUCCAACAUCCGUUUCGUUAUCGGAUAGGAAGGUUCAGCAGCAAAAGGAACGAUUUCGAUUAUUCACCCGUGUUCUGUUGACCUAUCUCAAGAGCAAGGACCCAGAAAUGGCUUUGGAAGUCAAAGUGAUCAUCAGAGAUUGCAAAGCAAGGAACGUGCGAAAAGAAAAGGGAUUUGAAUCGGUCACUGCCAGCAUGCGGUUGAGAAUCAAGGAACUGGUUGGGGAAGCUCAUUGGCGCCGUGCUGAACACCACCUCGCCCGAUAUUUGGCAAACAAGGAACAGCGCAGAAGCAGAUCUACUGGCAGCGAAGAUUUUGCGGCUACCUUCCUGUGAUGCACGUGAUUCAUCAAGUAGCUCGAGAACAAAUCCAGCACUCAACAAUGAAGCAGUUUUAUUCAUCAUAUCAGGCCACGUUUAGAAGCCAGGGCCCCUUCUCCUGCCUCCUCAAGGACAGACCUCCAGACCAUACUGUACAUAGCUUCUAAGGGCUAAGGGAAUACUGUUUCUUC